AUGGGGUCUUCAGGUCGUCACAGUCAUACGCACAUUGAUAUUACCCACGUCUCUCGCUCUCCCUCCCUCGGCUCGCAAGACGACGAGCUCCACGAAAACGACGGCGUCCAGGUCUCUGCUGGCGUCUCACCCCAAUACUCGGUCAUCCAGCCGACCCAAAGUCAGAGCGGUUCCUCCUCGCACCACGGUGAAUUCGUGCAAGUGUUAUAUCCGAACGAACUUGAAAAUCCGGAUGGCUCAGAUUCCGCCUCGAGGAUAGACCACCGUGAAAGAGUGCAACAAUACGAGUCUCGAUCGAAUUCAGCAAGACGACAGGCGGUGCACCGCCAGCAGGCGAUUCGCGAGCCUGUUCGCAGCCGCACCCGAGAGUUGCAAGACACAUCCCCGACUGAGAGUGGGGACUCGACAGAGGAGUUCCUUGCCAGGCCGGACCUGAGCCAUCACAUGCCUCGUCCUCAAUCAUAUUAUGGGCACAACGGGUAUACUCACAGCAGUUCAUCAGCUUCAUACCCAUAUCCUGCUGUGCCACACCCCGCCAAUCAAGUGAUCGCUCUUCAACCGCAACCCAUGGCUAUGCCAUAUCCUACCGCUUACCCCCAGGGCCAGCCGGUCCCAUAUCCUCCUCAUGCUGCGUAUCCAGGAGGCUUCAGCCACCAUGCUCCUUCACAAGUGAGCGCUCCAUACACAUCAUCUCCUUAUGGUCCCGCGACAAUCGUCAGCUAUCCGCCUCCGCCAGCGAGCUACUAUUCUCCUCAAUACCCACCACCGCCUUUCGGUACACAGCAGUAUCCGCCCCAUUACAUGCAGUACCCUCAACAGAUGCCUUAUCCAUACUAUGCUCCACCACUUGCGCCUUCCCCACAGCCAGGGUCCGCAAGUGCAUCUGCCGAAAAACUUGAAGCGAAGAAUGACGACGACCUUGUGCGACGUCUCAAGGAUUUGAUGAAAGAAGAUCAGCUUGCCAAAGAUGCGGAAGCGGCCGAGAAGGCCACAAUAGCAGCCUCACUUGCGGAGCAAGAAAGCCGUCUUCGGGAACAAGCACUCCGGCAAGUUGAGGAGAAAGUUCGACAAGCUGAGGAGAAGGCCCGACAGGCCGAGGAAAAGGCCCGACAGGAUGAGCGGGCCAGACAGGAUGCACUCUUCCAGGCAGAGGAAAAAGUUCGGCAAGCCGAAGAGAAGGCUCGACAAGAUGCAAUACGUCAAGCCGAGGAGAAGGCCCGUCAAGACGCUCUACGUGCAGAAGAAGAGAAACGGAUUCGGGAACAGGCUUUGCUACAGGCGGCAGAAAAGGCCCGAGCAGAAGCCACAGCGGCGGCAGCACGCAUGGAAGAAGACCGUCGGAUUCGAGAAGAAGCUGUGCGGGCUGCAGAGGCAAAGGCCCGCGCCGAUGCUGCGGCAGAAGCCGAGCGUAGGGCCGCAGAGAAACGGAUCCGAGAAGAAGCGAGACAGGAAGCCAUUCGGGCUUAUGAGGAGCAAGUCCGGGCGGCCGCGGAGCAAGCCGCAAGAGAACAGCAGAUCCGCAAAGAGGCCGCCGAGGCCGCCCUGAAAGCUGCCGCGGAAGAGGCAGCUGCGAAAGCAGAAAAGGCCGCCGCCGAGAAGAAGAUCGCCGACGAUGCCGCAGCGGCUGCGAAGACCGCAGCCGAAAGGGAGGCUGCAGAGGCUGCUGCCGCUGCCAGGGAGGAGGCAAAGAGGGUGAAAGAAGAAGCCGAAGCCAAGCUCAAGGAGGCUGAGGAAGCAGCAGCCAAAGCAAAAGCAGAAGCUGAAGAGGCAGAAAAGAAAGCUGCUGCAGCAAAGGGGCCCGAGAGGAAGGCUCCGGUCAGAUUUAAAGACGCAAUUGGGCGGAAUUACAAUUUCCCCUGGGAUCGAUGUUGCAAGUGGAGGGAUAUGGAAAAUCUGAUCAUCCAAGCAUUUGCACACAUCGAAAACCUUGCAGAGCAUGUGACGGCUGGUCGUUACGACCUGAUCGGACCCGACAAAGAGAUUAUCAUGCCCAACUAUUGGGAAUCUACCAUCGAGCCGGAUAUGCACAUCACAAUGAUGCUAUGGCCCAUUCCCGAACCCAAGGAGGAGAUCAUAGAGCCGCCGCCGCCGCCAGAGAUAUUGGAUGACGCGAUUCUAAAUCUGGAUGAAAUCAUCAACCCGAAGAAGGAGAGAAAAGGCCCCAGGAAGAAGAAACCAACCGGAGGCCUCGCUGGCUGGAUGCUGGGAGGAGCGGCGAGGCCUUCGCGGCCGUUAAAAGGUGAUAAAAAGCCUGAUGUGGCCGCUAAAUCUCAGCACGGUGCCACUGAAGACAGUGCAUGCACCGUUAUGUGA